GUGAGAACCCACGGAGGGGAGGAACGAAAUUCCGAUGAAGUCAGAGCCCCUUACCCGCUGCCGCGGCCAGGCCCCCCAACAUGGACUGUCUCUGUAUAGUGACAACCAAGAAAUACCGCUACCAAGAUGAAGACACGCCCCCUCUGGAGCACAGCCCGGCCCACCUCCCCAACCAGGUAAACGCCCCCGAGCUGGUGCACGUGGCGGAGAGGAACUUGUCCCACCUCGAGGCCGUCCAAGGGGUCGUGGGCCACGCCCACUUCUCCCCCCUCAAGGCCAAUUCUCCCCCUGUGAUUGUCAACACAGAUACCCUAGAAGCCCCGGGAUAUGAGUUGCAGGUGAACGGGACAGAGGGGGAAAUGGAAUACGAGGAGAUCACGUUGGAAAGGGGUAACUCAGGUCUGGGCUUCAGCAUCGCAGGUGGCACUGAUAACCCCCACAUCGGCGAUGACCCUUCCAUCUUCAUCACCAAGAUCAUUCCGGGUGGGGCUGCAGCCCAGGACGGCCGUCUCAGGGUCAACGAUAGCAUCUUGUUUGUCAAUGAAGUGGACGUGCGGGAGGUGACCCACUCAGCGGCGGUGGAGGCCCUCAAAGAGGCAGGCUCUAUCGUCCGCCUCUACGUCAUGCGCCGGAAGCCCCCAGCUGAGAAGCUCAUGGAGAUCAAGCUCAUCAAGGGGCCUAAAGGUCUUGGCUUCAGCAUCGCUGGAGGUGUCGGGAACCAACAUAUCCCUGGAGAUAACAGCAUCUAUGUGACCAAGAUUAUUGAAGGGGGUGCUGCCCACAAGGACGGGAGGUUACAGAUCGGAGACAAGAUCCUAGCGGUCAACAGCGUGGGGCUGGAGGACGUCAUGCAUGAGGAUGCCGUGGCAGCCCUGAAGAACACGUACGAUGUGGUCUAUCUAAAGGUGGCCAAGCCCAGCAAUGCCUACCUGAGUGACAGCUAUGCUCCCCCAGACAUCACAACCUCUUAUUCCCAGCACCUGGACAAUGAGAUCAGUCACAGCAGCUACCUGGGCACUGACUACCCCACCGCCAUGACCCCCACCUCCCCUCGGCGCUACUCCCCCGUGGCCAAGGACCUGCUUGGGGAGGAGGACGUCCCCCGAGAACCGAGGCGGAUUGUGAUCCAUCGGGGCUCCACGGGCCUGGGCUUCAACAUCGUGGGUGGCGAGGAUGGUGAAGGCAUCUUCAUCUCCUUCAUCCUGGCUGGCGGCCCCGCGGACCUCAGUGGGGAGCUGCGGAAGGGGGACCAGAUCCUCUCGGUCAAUGGCGUUGACCUCCGCAAUGCCAGCCACGAGCAGGCUGCCAUUGCCCUGAAGAACGCGGGUCAGACGGUCACGAUCAUCGCUCAGUAUAAACCCGAAGAGUACAGCCGGUUCGAGGCCAAGAUCCACGACCUUCGGGAACAGCUCAUGAACAGCAGCCUGGGUUCAGGGACUGCCUCCUUGCGGAGCAACCCCAAAAGGGGUUUCUAUAUCAGGGCCCUGUUUGACUAUGACAAGACCAAGGACUGCGGCUUCCUGAGCCAGGCCCUGAGCUUCCGCUUCGGGGACGUGCUUCAUGUCAUUGACGCCAGCGAUGAGGAGUGGUGGCAGGCAAGGCGGGUCCACUCCGACAGCGAGACUGAUGACAUCGGCUUUAUCCCCAGCAAGCGGCGGGUUGAGCGACGGGAGUGGUCACGGUUGAAGGCCAAGGAUUGGGGCUCCAGCUCUGGAUCACAGGGUCGAGAAGACUCGGUCCUGAGCUACGAGACGGUGACACAGAUGGAAGUGCACUAUGCUCGCCCCAUCAUUAUCCUCGGGCCCACCAAGGACCGCGCCAACGAUGAUCUCCUCUCCGAGUUCCCCGACAAGUUUGGAUCCUGUGUUCCCCAUACGACGCGGCCCAAGCGGGAGUACGAGAUAGAUGGCCGGGAUUACCACUUUGUGUCAUCCCGGGAGAAAAUGGAGAAGGACAUUCAGGCCCACAAGUUCAUUGAGGCCGGCCAGUACAACAGCCACCUGUAUGGAACCAGCGUCCAGUCCGUGCGAGAGGUGGCAGAGCAGGGGAAGCACUGCAUCCUCGAUGUCUCGGCCAAUGCCGUGCGGCGGCUGCAGGCGGCCCACCUGCACCCUAUCGCCAUCUUCAUCCGCCCCCGCUCCCUGGAGAAUGUUCUAGAGAUUAAUAAGCGGAUCACAGAGGAGCAAGCCCGCAAAGCCUUCGACAGAGCCACCAAGCUGGAGCAGGAAUUCACAGAGUGCUUCUCAGCCAUCGUGGAGGGCGACAGCUUUGAGGAGAUCUACCACAAGGUGAAGCGAGUCAUCGAGGACCUCUCAGGCCCCUACAUCUGGGUCCCUGCCCGAGAGAGACUCUGAUUCCUGCCCUGGCUUGGCCUGGACUCGCCCUGCCUCCACCGCCCGGGCCCUUGGUCUGGACUGAAUUGCCCAAGCCCUUCCAACCCCCAGCCUCCCUCCCACCCCUUCUUAUUUAUUUCCUUUCUAACUGGAUCCAGCUCACUGGAGGGGGGACACUCCUCUGCAUGUAUCCUUGCACCCCAGAACUGGGCUGCAGAACCCCAGGAACCUGGGGUCUGGGGGGGAGCCCCAGGCUCCUGAUCCCGAGCCUUGGUUCCUUAGGACCCCUUGCUCCUGCCCCUGCCCGCCCCCAACGCACACACAGACCCACUGGGGGGCCACCUGCUCUCCCCAUCUCCUCCCACACACUUUCUGAAAGGCAGGGCCCCCUCCAGGAGCACCCAUUGCAGGGCUGCAGGCCUCCGCGCUCCCCCCGAGGCAGGGUCUGGGGUCCCUCCUGACCCCAUCAUAACUCCCCAGGUCCCUUGAUUUCUCAAUUUUUUUUUCCAUUUUUUCCUUCUCAAAGGUGGUUUUGGGGGGAUUAGUGGGGGGAUUCCACCAUGGGCCCCCUGCCUUCCACAUGCCCCCCACCUUUUUUCUUUGCCGGUUUGCAUGAGUGGAAGGUCUAACUGUGGCUUUUUUU